AUGGCCGAAAGUAAAGGCGUUGACGUCACAGAAACAAAUUCUGUUGAUUCCCAAAUUUCUUCUAAGAUUUAUGAACCGACUGAUGUUGAAAAUCCUGAAGUUGCUAGGAAAUAUUACCCUACUGUAAACUGGGAAAAUUUUAAGGCGUUUGAUCCUUAUUUUAGAUGGACAAACUAUGAGGAUCGUCAGGCUACUCGUCAAACCGAUUUGAAGAUUUUUUCAGUGGUUGCACUUUUGUUUUUUGCGUUAAAUUUGGAUAGAGGUAAUCUCAGUUCUGCUGUUGCUGGAGGUCUUUUGGUUGACCUUGAGAUGACAACAAAUGAUUAUAAUUUAGGUAACAAUUUAAGAUCAAUUGGUUUUAUUAUCAGUGAGAUUCCUUCUCAAUUGAUUGGUAAAAGAUUUGGUCCAGAUUGGUGGAUUCCUCUUCAAGUCAUUGCUUGGUCCAUUGUAUCGAUUUUUCAAUUCUUCAUCAAUGGAAAACGCUCUUAUUGGGCUUUGAGAUUUUUGUUAGGUUUGGCACAAGGUGGUUUCAUUGCUGAUGCUGUUCAAUAUUUGUCAUAUUUCUAUACCAGAGAUCAAAUGGGGAUUAGAUUGGCUCUUUUUUGGGUCACUGAUUCCUACAGUGGGAUUAUAAGUAAUUUACUUGCCAUUGCCUUUUUGAAGAUUGAUUUGAAUGGUGUUGAGAGUUGGAAAUGGCUUUUCCUUUUUGAUGGUAUCAUCACUCUUGCUCUAGGAAUCCUUUCUUUCUUUAUUAUGGUUCCUGGACCAACUCAAACUAAAACUAGGUUUAUACCCAAAGGUUUAUUCACUGAAAAGCAAGAGAAGAUUAUUGCCAAUAGACUUCUUAGAGAUGAUCCCUCGAAAAGUGAUAUGCACAAUCGUGAAGCGGUCACAGUCAAACAGUUCUUUAAAACUCUCCUGGAUUAUGAUCUUUGGCCAUUAUUAAUUCUUUCAUUGGUGUUUGAAAUUCCUCAAAACCCCAUCAAAGCUUAUCUUAAUAUUAAUUUGAAGGCAUUGAAUUUUACUACUGAUCAAAUUAUUUAUCUUAAUAUCCCCAUUGAAGUGUUUGUGGGUAUAACGUUAAUUGCUAUCACUUCGUUAAGUGAAUGGUUGAAUGAGAGAGCUUUAGUCAGUCUUCUUCCACAAAUAUGGUUGCUUAUAUUCAUUAUUAUAGAGUACACGUCUGUGGAGAAACUUCUGCCUUGGUCUCAAUAUGCAAUUGAAUUCUUUGUGUUGAGUACACCAUCAGCUCAAGCCAUUAUAGUUUCAUGGUGCUCUAGAGUUUCCUAUUCAGUUCGUGCCAGAGCAAUUUCUGCUCCAAUGUCCAACAUUGGCAUUCAAUUAGCAGGUAUAAUUGGAAAUAAUAUUUACAGAGCUGAUGAUGCACCUUACUAUAAACGUGGGAACAGAGUUUUGAUUGGAAUUGCGGCUAUGAAUAUUGUGCUUUUCAUUUUGACGAAGCUCUACUACAUUUGGCGUAACAAAACCAAGAGAGAAAAGUGGAAUAGUUUUACCGAAGAAGAAAAGGAAGACUAUUUGGCCAAACAUCAUGACGAUGGUAACAAACGUCUUGAUUAUUUGUUCGAACAUUGAGAAAGUAUGUAGUUACCUUGGUAAUUUCAAAUUCAGUUAUAGAUAUAGAUUUAGGACUACUUCCAAAUAGGAAGAUUUUAUAAUGUUGAUAUGUUGAUAUAUAUUUGUUAGUA